AUCAACAAACAUCAGUAAUCUUCUCAAAAACAUUCUUUUUGUUCAAAACUUUGAAGAGCUAGUUUAUUUUUUUCUCAUCUUAAAUCUCUCAUAGAACACUCACUUUCUAAGUUACAAAAAAAAAUGGCACCUAAUGUUUUUGGUCUAACCAAGGGUAAUGGUUUGGCAAAGGCAAAAAGUUUGCCAAGCCGUGCCUAUGUAACGUUCUUGGCAGGAAACGGUGAUUAUUGGAAAGGUGUGGUUGGUUUGGUUAAGGGAUUGCGAAAGGCAAAAUCUGCCUAUCCACUUGUUGUGGCUUGUUUGCCUGACGUCCCGGAGGAACAUCGACGCAUACUCGUAAAUCAAGGUUGCAUCGUUCGAGAAAUCGAGCCUGUUUAUCCUCCUGACAACCAAACUCAAUUCGCUAUGGCGUAUUACGUCAUCAACUAUUCCAAACUCCGUAUUUGGGAGUUUGUGGAGUAUAGCAAGAUGAUAUACUUGGAUGGAGAUAUCCAGGUGUUUGAUAACAUAGACCACUUGUUUGACUUGCCAGAUGGCUAUUUCUAUGCUGUGAUGGAUUGUUUCUGUGAGAAAACUUGGAGUCACACCCCACAAUACAAAGUUGGUUACUGCCAACAGUGUCCUGAUAAAGUCCAGUGGACUCAAGACAUGGGCCCUAAGCCAUCACUCUAUUUCAAUGCUGGCAUGUUUGUCUAUGAGCCAAGUCUCUCCACUUACGAUGAUCUCUUGAAAACCCUCAAAGUUACCCCUCCUACCCCAUUUGCCGAGCAGGAUUUCUUGAACAUGUAUUUCAGAGAUGUAUACAAGCCAAUUCCAAACAAUUACAACUUAGUAUUAGCUAUGUUGUGGCGUCACCCCGGAAAUGUGGAUCUUGAUAAAGUGAAAGUUGUUCACUACUGUGCGGCGGGGUCGAAGCCAUGGAGGUACACUGGCAAGGAAGAGAACAUGGACAGAGAAGACAUUAAGAUGCUAAUCAAAAAAUGGUGGGAUAUUUACGAUGACGUGUCAUUGGAUUACAAGAAUUCCAACGUUGUGGCUACUGUUGAUGGUGAAGUUGAAGCUAACAAGUUUAUGGCAGCGUUAUCAGAGGCUGGUGUUGUGCAGUACAUAACUGCUCCAUCGGCCGCUUAGAAUAUUAUUGCUUUGAAAUUAUAUAUUUUUUUUUAUACUUUGGGAUAUAUAGUCUUAAAGAAAAUUAUAUUAGCUUUAUAGACUCUUUUUUUUUUUGGUUUAUUUACAAAAAGGUUAGAGAUUGUCUGUAGAAUAUAGGGGUGCCAGACAAUUUCUAUUCUUCUACAAGUUUUGAGUGUUUUUUUUCUCUCUCUUCUUUUGUUUUGUGGAUAUUGGAAGAGUACAUAAAUGAAAAAAGUACGUAUAUAUGUAAAUUCUGUUCUUAAUUAA